UAUGUUUCUUUAUUUUUCUGUUUUUCUUAUAAAUAAACAAAUACGGUAAGUCAGUUGUCUACCGUAUCGGUCGCAUGUGUUAUAACACGGAGUGUGAGUAUGAGAUUUUUGCGUACAUCAGCCGGAAAGCUCCAUGACUCGUUUGAAUAAUGGCAUUUGCUGUAAAAAGUUUACGGAGUUUAAGUAAAGUAUACAAUGGAAAUUGUCGUACAGCCUACUCGAUAUUCCGACAAUCCGUCGCAAGAACCUCUCUCGUUCAAAAUGUCCAAAAAUAUUGUUACACCACGGAAGCUUCAAAUCGUCCGAAAAUAACACAGAGUUUAACGAAUAUACAAUCGUUAGAAAAAUCAGCACAAUCGUUAGCACAAGAAUUGUUAGAGAAGAAAAGGCUAGAAGAAGAACAACAAGAGGAGGAAGAACAGAAAAAGCAUCAUGAGCGAACAAAAAGGUUAACGAAAUAUAGUUUGAUUGCUUUUGGUACAAUGACGAGUUUAGGUUUGUGCUAUAUAAUCUAUGAACUUGGGAAACCGACCUACGAUGAACAUGGAAAUAUAAUAGAAGAUGAAUUUUAUCAUUUACCAUAUUAUGAAAAGAUUUAUAAAAGACUUAGAAGAGAAUUAAACUAUUAUAAAAAGUUUAUACAAGAACCUAGUAGGGCAAAAUUGCUUCCCGAUCCAUUUAAAUAUCCUUAUAUUCAACCUCCGUAUACAUUGGUACUGGAAGUUAAAGAUCUUCUUCUAUGUCCAGAUUGGACUUAUGAAACAGGUUGGAGAUUUAAAAAGAGGCCAUAUGUAGAUGAAUUCUUAGAAGCUGUUGCACCUCCACAAUUUGAAGUUGUGAUCUAUACAGCUGAACCAGCAGCGGUUUUAUUUCCUAUUUUGGAUUCCUUGGAUCCUAAUGGUUAUAUAAUGUAUAGGUUGUUCAGAGAUGCAACACGUUUUACAGAUGGCCAUCAUGUUAAAGAUUUGGCUGCACUUAAUCGUGAUCUCAGUAAAGUUAUUGUAGUUGAUUGGAAUAAUGAAAGUAUUAAAUAUUAUCCUGAAAAUACGUUAAAACUUGAGAGAUGGACAGGUGAUGAUAAUGACAAAACUUUAUAUCACCUAGCAGCAUUCCUUAAAACUAUAUCAUUAACAAACGUAGAAGAUGUCCGGGAAGUUCUGAAUUAUUAUAGGCAAUUUGAUGAUCCAUUAAAAGCAUUCAGAGAUAAUCAACGUAAAUUACUGGAACAAUUGGAAGAAGAAAAUAAGACACAGAAAGAGAAUAGUAAACAUCUUACCUCAAGAUGGACUCCUUCUUUUCUACGAAAUCGCUAGUCAUUUUAAAUUGUGUUCUAAUAUAAGAUACUUUCGAAACAACUAAAUACGAGAUUACAUUCAAUAUACCAUUUCGUUCAAACUGAUGAUCUUACCAAUAGUAAAUGUACAAUUUUUAUUAUAAAAUGAAUAAACAAUCAGUACCUUUUA